AUGCAGGCGAUCGGGCUAGCAUGGUACAACCACCGCUACCUGGACGUGAUCGGGCUAGCAUGGUACAGCAGUCGAUACCUGGAAGUGUGGUCGAGCAGUCGACCCAAGGAGACCGGAGUCAAGGGUUGGAACACCAUGGGUUACCAACCGGAGAUUGAGUUGUGGGAAGUUACCGAAGUCCGCUACAUGAAGGGUGGAAUACU